AUGACCAUAUGCACCAGCCAUACUCCAUCUCUGCCACCACUACCGUGCCCCGACGUGCAAAGCAGUCAGGAGGAUUGUGUUCUACCACGCCAAGUUUGGCAACAAAGCCAAGAAAUGCCUUCCCCCCUGUACAUUCAGUGCGUCGGGAAACGCACCGGCCGCCACCUAUUAGCAGCCGUGGGUGACGGCCGUACCAGCGGCUUGCUGUUUAUUACUGACUCCCUCUCCGGUCGUCGCUUUCUUUGUGACACAGGUGCCCAUAUGAGUGCGCUGCCAGCAUCAGCCACAGACAUUCGCGCAGGGCCGUGUGCCCCCCCCCUUCUGGCCGCAAAUGGCAGCACAAUCCACACCUUUGGCACACGCACUGUGACAGUGAGUUUUGCUGGUCAGCGUUUUACCUGGGAUUUUGUGUCAGCAAAGGUGUCCACUCCCCUGUUGGGUGCUGAUUUCUUGUUUGCCAACAAGCUUCUAGUGGAUGUGAGGAACCGCCGCCUCGUCCACGCUGAAACAUUCGGCUCAUUUCCCUGUGAACACAGUGACACUGCCCCGACGAAGCUGUCCAGUGCCCUCUCGCCCGCUGAUGACUUUUCUCACCUCCUCAAGGAGUUCUCAGACAUCACCGCACCUACCUUCUCCUCCACCUCCGCCAAACAUGGUGUGUCGCACUACAUCUCCACCAAUGGCCCGCCUGUGCACGCCAAAGCCCGGCGCCUUGACCCACACAAGCUCAGUAUCGCAAGAGCUGAGUUCGACGCCAUGGAACGCCUUGGCAUCGUCCGCCGGUCGAACAGUCCCUGGGCCUCCCCCCUUCAUCUGGUGCCAAAGCCCAAUGGUGGUUGGCGCCCGUGCGGCGACUACCGACGCCUUAAUGCUGUCACUACGCCGGACCGGUACCCUAUUCCACACAUCCAUGACUUUUCUGCCCACCUGGCGGGUGCGUCUAUUUUUUCUAAAGUGGACCUCGUCCGGGGCUAUCACCAGGUACCAGUUCAGCCUCAGGACAUUCCCAAAACAGCGGUGAUCACCCCAUUCGGGCUUUUUGAGUUUCUACGGAUGCCAUUCGGACUAAAAAAUGCUGCCCAGACCUUUCAGCGAUUGAUGGACACGGUGCUGCGUGACUUGUCAUUCGUUUUUGUCUACCUGGACGAUAUCCUAGUGGCCAGCACGUCUGAGGCAGAGCACCUAUCACACCUGCGUCUUCUCUUCAGUCGUCUCCAGCAGCACGGGGCGAUUCCUCUGCCGUCAAAGGUGGAGGCAGUGUUGGGGCUUCCGCAGCCUCACACUGUCAAGGCUCUACAAGAGUUCUGCGGCAUGGUCAAUUUUUACCACCGUUUUGUGCCUCGGGCUGCCGACCUUAUGCGCCCCCUAUACAGCGCUCUCAAGGGUAAAAAAACUUCUAAGCAUGCCCUUUCUUGGUCCACGGACAUGUUGGCAGCUUUCUCUGCUACAAAGGAUGCACUCGCGGACGCAACUAUGCUGGCUCACCCGGUGCCUGACGCCCCUGUUGCUCUGACCACGGACGCCUCAGACUAUGCUGUUGGUGCUGUUCUCCAGCAGUUGGUCAAUAGUGUUUGGCAACCUCUCGCUUUUUUCAGCCGCCAACUUAGGUCCAGUGAGCAGAAAUAUAGCACUUUUGACCGUGAACUCCUCGCCCUGUAUUUAGCCAUCCGUCAUUUCCGUUUCCUGCUGGAAGCCCGUCCGUUCACUGCCUUUGUGGAUCACAAGCCUUUGACCUUCGCCAUGGCCAAGGUGUCGGAACCAUGGUCUGCCAGGCAACAGCGCCACCUAGCUUUUAUUUCUGAAUUUACCGUGGCUGACUGCCUCUCCCGUGUGGUCAUUGGUGCUGUCCACCUUGGAAUAGACUAUGCCCGAAUGGCUGUGGACCAAGUUUCGGACCCCGACAUUCAGGCGUACAGAACAGCGGUCACUGGCCUCCAGUUGGCGGACGUCCCGUUCGGCGAUGCCGGCACAACGCUGCUCUGCGACGUAUCUCUGGACCUGCCCCGUCCUGUGGUGCCGCAGGUCUGGAGACGGCAAGUUUUCGACGCCAUACAUGGCCUCUCGCACCCAGGCAGCAAGCCGUCACAGCGUCUCGUGGCAGCAAAGUUUGUCUGGCAUGGCCUCAAGAAGGACAUUCGCGACUGGGUCAGGACCUGUGUGGCAUGCCAACGCGCUAAGAUCCAUCGCCAUGUUAAGGCCCCGUUGGAGCAGUUUGCAGUUCCCGAAAGACGUUUUGACCACGUCAACGUUGACCUGGUAGGACCCCUUCCUCCCUCCAGGGGAUUUACUCACCUUCUGACUAUGGUGGACCGGACCACCCGUUGGCCGGAGGUUGUCCCACUGUCGGCAACGACAUCAGCUGAUGUGGCCCGGGCCUUCAUUGGUACCUGGGUCGCCCGGUAUGGUGCCCCAUCUGACCUUUCGUCUGAUCGUGGCCCCCAGUUUACUUCCGAGCUCUGGAAUACUGUUGCCUGUCAGUUGGGUGUCUCACUCCACCGCACUACAGCAUACCACCCUCAAGCAAACGGCAUGUGUGAACGUUUUCACAGGGACAUGAAGGCCGCCCUUAAGGCUUCUCUCACAGACGACGGCUGGGUCGACAAGCUCCCGUGGGUGAUGCUGGGGAUUAGAACUGCGCCUAAAGAGGACCUCCUGUCUUCCUCAGCGGAGUUAGUUUAUGGCCAGACCCUCAGAGUCCCAGGUGAAUUUAUACCCCGCACUACAGUCCCCUGGUCUGCUUCUGACCAGCGGCGAAGCCUCAUGGACACUGCCCGUACCUUCCUACCAGUCCCGACCUCGCACCACUGCUUGCCCCAGGUGCACAUUCCCCCUGACCUGCGAGCAGCGGGACUGGAUCGCGUCUCAGUGGACCGGCUGAAGCCAGCCCACCUGGAUUUGGGCCGUUCAGUUGAGGUGGCUCAGGCACCACGUCGCGGUCGACCCCCACACUGCCAACCGACGUCUGCUCGCCGUCAGCAGCCGGCUGUCACCCUCCCGCUUCACCCCCCUCCACCUGCCCAGGAGCUUCGGAAUCGCUUUGGGCGGCAAAGCGAGCUGUGGCGACGAGGAGGUUUUCGAGAAGACGGGGCUGUGCCCUCACGGACCAAUCGUAGAGGUGUAGCGAGUGUCGUGGACGAAGACACAGACUUGUUGGACCUGAUCUCACCAAUUGGUGGACGAGUCAAUCCUUCGUGGAAUCGACUUAAGGGAAAUCAGAAGGAGAAGCUUGGCGUGCCUUCGAAGCAUUUGGAUGACAACAUAACUGUCGAUAAAAAGGUGGACUCCGGUUGGGGGACUUCAUCAACAUUCCCAGGGAAACCCUCCGAUGACGUCAUCAUUCUCGACACAGGAAAUAACUCCAAAAAGUCUUUUGUGGAUUUGACUUCUCCGCCUAAGCUCCCCCUCGAUCCUGAGGCCCACGUUGACUCGACUUCACAAAGGGAGGACACUGAUGAACGGUCCAGCUUUGUCUUACCUUCAUCUCAUGUGAUCGACCAGAGUCCACCAGUCAGCCAUGGACAUGAGAACUACCAAAAAGGAGCCAAUCUGGAAUUAUCACCAUCGUAUCUAAAGAUGGAGAUCUGGUCCUCGGCUCCGAUGGCAAGCUGUAUCGUCUCAAACCUGGACCACCGGGCGUUAUGGGUCCUCCCGGGCAGGAAGGCUUCCCUGGAGAACCUGGCGUGCUUGGGUUCAAAGGUGAUAAGGGUAAGAUUGGCCCUGAAGGGAGUCCAGGAAAAAGGGGUGAGCAAGGACCUGCAGGACCACCAGGUCUACCAAGCCUUUACCUUUGGAGGAACACUGCUGAUGAAUGGGCUUCCUUCCAGACCGAAGAAGGUCCUGUUGGACCACCUGGAGAGAUUGGCAAGACUGGCAUGCGGGGCGCUCCUGGUGAACCAGGGGAACGCGGGCGACCAGGGAUGCCAGGAGAGACGAUUUUGCGCCUCGUCAGUUGUUCAAAUGUCGCAGCUUCUCCCUAACAAGCGGGAUAUAAAUCACAGUUGUCAGAAGGGGAGCAAGGACCAAGGGGCCCUCGAGGAAAAGCCGGGGCCCCGGGCAGAGACGGGGAAAAUGGAGGAGAUGGACAGCCUGGGUCACUUGGUGUCACGGGGUUACAGGGCCCUUGGGGUUACCGGGGUGAGCGCGGGUCCAAAGGGGAAAACGGUGAUGAGGGUUUACCUGGUUUACCGGGACCACCUGGUCCUGUUGGGCUCAGGGGGCCUCCUGGGAUCCGAGGUGGUUAUGGUCCAGAAGGCCAACGUGGACCUGAUGGUGCGCCGGGCUUUACAGGACGUGUCGGAGCUCAAGGAGUCAAUGGCUCAAGGGGUCGACCGGGACAAAGGGGACAAAGUGGCCAACCAGGACCAUUGGUAA